AUGUUACUACACGAGAGUGCCGCCAGCAUGGAACAGAGUAUGCCCGAGAACCUCAGCACUCAAGUGUGCGAGGUGAAGGUACCGACGCCUACCGCGAACUAUACUGUCUCCGAAAGGAGUGAUCGCGGUCUCCCUGCCGAAUCCGACACAGGCCCAGCGAGCACGUCACCCCCCGCCACCACCAGCACCACCAAAGUAAAGCUGAGCUUCAGCGUUGAUCGCUUGCUGGGCUCCUCCGAGUCCAGUCCUUCAUCUUCCCCGGCGCCAUGGGCCUGCUGCGAUGGUAAUGCCUUCUCCUGCUGCACUUUCCCUCGCUGCUUCAGCCAGGCAAAAGCAGAAGUUCCUAAGCUCGGCCAGCUCCUGCAUCCUGGAGCAGCGCCAGCAACUCCAUCUCACCUGUACUCCUACGUUGGACUCGAUAAACUAUAUCCUGGAAUGUGUAUGGAUUACAAAUCGGUACUGAGACCAACACCCAUUCGGGCAGCAGAACAUGCCACAUCCACAUAUCCCACGCUGGCUACGAAUGCGCUCCUCCGCUUCCAUCAACAUCACCAACAGCACCAUCAGCAGCACCUCCAUCAGCAACAUAAGCCUCCGCAACAUAACUCGACGAUAGCAGCCUCGGGCCUGCUGGCGCCCCUUCACAGUCUCAAGAACCUCCAGUGUACGCCGCAACAGAGGUUUCUGGGCAAGACGCAGCAGCAGCUCCUGGAUCACACUCCUACGACACCCUCCGAUGCCACACCACAAAAUGGCAGCCAUGGCAACAAUGGUUGCAGCGGCGGCGGCAAUAAUGGCAAGCGGAAGCGCUCCUGGUCACGGGCCGUCUUCACCAAUCUGCAGCGAAAGGGUCUGGAGAUUCAGUUCCAGCAGCAGAAGUACAUCACAAAGCCAGAUCGUCGCAAGUUGGCGGCACGACUGAACCUCACAGAUGCGCAGGUCAAGGUGUGGUUUCAAAACCGUCGCAUGAAGUGGCGUCACACACGGGAGAAUCUGAAGAGCGGCCAAGAGAAGCAGCCCCAACAGCAACAACAGGCAACGUCUGCGGUCAGUGCAGGAGUGGGUGGUGGAGCAUCCAAGGUGGCUAGUGGGACAGGAGCUGGGAAUCCCCACGAAGCCCUCGACUACAGCUCUGAUAGCUCCUCCAGCGUGGAGUUAAGCGAGCAAGCUGAGGACGACGAUGAUAACAUAGUCAUUGAUGUGGUGGAGUAGUCGUACUUUUACAUGCAUUCUACAGAUGUAUCUUUCGGAUACGUAACAAACGCCAUGGAGGAUGUGUAUAAAUUAUUAUUAUUAAAUUAUUGAAAUAUGGAUAAGUUUCAUUUGUUACACAUAAAUUAUUUUAAAAUAAAUGUCAAAGUAAAUAACCCUA